CGCAGCACAGAAAAGCUGCUGGUAGUUUUGAGAUUACUUUCCCUUAGGAGAGGUCGUUAAUUGUCGAAGUCUGUGCUAAGAAUAAGGAGUUGCAAGUAAAGUUACCUCUUCUUCAUCCAACCUUGUUAUGCUCCCAGUCUCUCUCUCCCUUUUUUUUCUUCUCGUUUCUUCUCUGAAUUAAGUCUCCCUCAUUACUUAAUCCCUUUUGUUGUCCCUUAGGGCUCCCAGAGAGGUCAGCUUUUGCAGUGGGUUAUGAUGUUUUCCCUUUUAGACGUUUUUUUCUUAAACGCAUUAUGGAGUUCUGUGACUUGUAAUUUCCGAUGAGUGCCAUUGGAUCUUUUAAUUCUUCACAAUUGCUGUAGUGGAUGCCAAACGCAUUUGCAGUAAUUGGAUGGCACUUAAGGGAUUGGUGAAGUCAUCCAAACCACAGAUGGUUUUUUGUGCUGUUUCCAUGGAACUCUUGCUGUGUCUGCUUCUAAAUUUAUUUGUGAUCUGAGCUUUGAAUAAAAUCCCCUGUGCAAAAGCCUUGUCGACGUUGUGGCCUUGGUGUGUCGCCUCGCCCUGACUUUAAUGCGCUCUGCAGUGGCACAGUAAUGCCAUCUCCCUGAGUGAGAAGAUUUGCAAAUGACUCAUUUGGAAUCAUUAGAUGUCUGACCCCAGCCAGGCUCCUGCGGCAGCAGGCUUGCAGGGACCUGCUUUGCCUCACUGUCUUGGGGACAGACAACUCAGUGCUGCUGGGAACCCAGGAAAGCAGGAGUCGAUGUUUGUCCUCUACCCAUUGAUGGGUGCUGAUCUCCCCUUCUCACUGCUCCAGCUGUCUUAGCUCUGAGCCCUGCCCUGUCUCCAGACCAUUCCAGGCUGGGAGGUGAGCUCCCUGUAGGUCAGCUUAGCCUGACAGAUUUUAGCUAUUUUUGCUGUGUUAUGGCCGAGGAGUAGGAGGUCUGAAUGUGGGAGGCUGCUGACAAGAACUGAUGCAUCUGAGAUAGCUUUUUAAUUGUAUCCUUGAAGGGGAGGACAGGAUACAUUUUGAAAUGCUAUUUUAACCAGGAAUGAUACCAGCUGCUUAUGUCUUAUAUGCCAGGAAGAUUGACAAGCCUUGGGCUCCCGUUCCCUCAACAUGGCUGGAAGCUGCAGGUUGGUGUGUUGAACUCUGCGAGUGGUUUGGUACUUCAUGGGAGUCAGUCAAGUGGAAGUCUGCUGUUCAGGAAAGCUUAUCAGGGAAAGGGCGUAAGUAAUUCUUCAUUUAGUGCUAGGUGCUGAUGUAAGAUCAGAUAGGAGCAAUGAAGUGCUCUGCUUGAGAGCCUGUUGGGGGAGGUUUAUUUGGAGGCUAAUUGGAUUGCAAUCUCACAAGAGGAAUUUCCUGCCCCUUAUGACAGGAUAGAUGAGCUGGAAUGGAGCCGUGCUGCUGCAGGCAGGUUGCUCCCAUGCUGCCACUUGGCCAAAGCGGCCCCGCUGCUGUGUGCAGCAUGGCUCUCAGCGUGCCUGGGACACAUCAACCUCUUGCUUGUGGUAACAGGUCAGAGCUUGGAGCAGCACCGGCCUCCAGAGCUCAGGUGCCAGGCUGGCUGGCUGAGGAUGUUGCUACUGGAACUUCUCCUUUGUGGGUCAAGUCUGAGUCCAACAUAUGUUUUCCUAUGGCUGAAGGGAGUUACCAAUUGAGAAUUCCAGGGAGGAAAGGGCACAGGCCUUGGUCUAGACUUCCUAGAUGUUGACAUGAUGCAAUUCCCCACUGGCCUGAGGCGAUGAAGCGUCUCUCUGCGCUUGCAGUGAGGCCUCUGACAGCAGCUGUGCAGCCAGGACCCGUUUCAUACCCAUCCAGGUCAGGGAUGAUAACAGCUGGGCAAAGCAGCAAAAAGGUGAUGUCAGGCAUACUCAGAAGUAGGGAUGUACCUUGAAGUUACUAUUUAAGGUGAACACAUGUUGUAUUAGAAACUGUUUGUCUUUCAGGCCUGUCUUUUAACGUUCUCCUUUUAUUCCCCAUCGAUGCUGUUGCUGGCUGACUUCAGCAGGUGCAAACGCUGCAGGACAGCACUCAGGACAGCGCUGCUGUUCCAGCUGUCAUUGCUUUCAGUGUCCCGGCAAUACUCUGUGCAUUUUGGCUCAGUUUCUGUAAUCUGACUUAGUACCAGCUCUCUCACAGAACGGAGCGUGAGUGAUCAGCUUCAGGGGAAACAUAAAAAUAAAAUAAAUCGGAAUGUUUUUCCCGUAACUCCUGAUGAAGGAUUUCCAUUGUGGCUGGGUGUGCAGGGGCACCAGUUGGGAGGGCUCCUAUCGGGGCUGAAUUUUUUUCACUGUUUCACUGGUAAGGAGUAACCUGUUUCUUGUUUACACUGGGAAGUCACAGCAGGGCUAGAAGGGAAGCUGAGCAGAGCAGUUUUCACUGCAGGUUGCAAACGUGUUUCUUCAUUUUCCGAAAGCAGCUUGUUUCCUGUGUGAAGAUGUGUGUCUGCUGUGGUUUGAGAGAACUUCCUCUCUCAACCUGUUCAACUCUUCCCCUUGUUUUUCUUAGAUGUUGUCAUAAAUGUAUGUUUUCUAUGAGAAAGAAAAGUAAAGCUCUAAUGAAGAGAGCUGACCUGGCCACUGUUCGUUUCCUUGCUAAAAUAGUUUAUCUAUUUACAUCCUGUGCUCUUUGCCUCCUUUCUAUUUUCAGUACCUGCUCUGGCACCUAUCUGAUGAUGCAUUUGCUGCAGGAGCAUUUCCAAUGCUUCAGAAGCGACUUAGUGUUGUGUGAGUCAGCUGUCCUGCAUUUGGGAGCUGAUGUUUUCUGCUGCACUCGAUAGCUCAGUAAAGAGUGGAGUGGGGGUCACCGAGAGCAGCUGUGUCUGGAGGGCGAUGAUUUGGAAUUGGGAGUGCCUAAAAAGGGCACCUCCAGCAGCCACCCCUGAAUCACGUCCGCACUGGCUGAGGUUGUUUGACAUUGCUUGGGAAAUACCCAGGGUCUUCUGGGUAUGACUUAGAGGUAACAUUAUGCCAUGAGAUUGGACUGGACAUAAAAUAUUUCUAUCCUACCGUGCCAUAAAGAGACAGAUGCGACCUUGUUAUGUUCUGAAUGCCCUUAGGUCAGGGCAGGGAUCCGAGGUUAAUUUCCUCAGUCCCUGUAUUUGGCUGUCACAGGCUCAUGGCCGGACUGAGUUCAGCUUGGAUGGAUUAACACCAGAGAGCUGCUGGCAGGUGGGGAGACAUGCAGAAGAGCCUGGGCAGAAGAGACGUGGAUCUUAUGACUACCUGUGAAUAAUGAGAAUGCAACUACUGUACAAGUAGUUAUGUGUAGGUGUAACAUGUCAGGAAUAAAAAGAGAGAAAGGGAGAGUUUCAGUACAGGAGGAGGAAUCUUCCCUGUGAGAGUUUCCAGACUGAGUAAAUAGCCCUCCUGGGGAAGGAGCAGAACUGCUGGUUUCCAUGGGAAAUUCAAAGUGCUGGACUCGAGCAGGGAGAUAUCUUGCAGAAGUGGGACAGCCUGAGUCCCUUGAGAAGGACAGACUGCAUUUUUGCCUUCACAUGAUGGUUAGAUUUUAAGUUAUUUACUUCCCCCCCAUGUGAAUUAGGCUGUAAUGUUUGAGCAGCUCACAGGCUCUGAGAAACGCACCACUAAUCUUGCUUUCCAGGCAAGAAAAAAACAAGAGUAUGAAAGCUAAAAGGUGACGAGAACAAUACCUGCAAAAGCAAGCCAGCAGCACUGCUGCCUGCAUGAAUUUUGCCUACUUGGAGCAAUACUCAGAAUGUUCUGAGGUCUGCUUGAUUCAAAACAAAACUUGGUGUUCAAAAACAGCACUUUUAGCAGUGCUUCUGUUUGAUGGCUCAAAGAAACCCCAACAAUUCAUGAAAACAGAUGGGGUUGGUGUUAGAUGAUCGUUACGGUCCCUGCCAACCCAAGCUGUUCCAUUAGCUUUACAUCCUGUUUUUCUUUUCUGAUCAAAUCUGGUUGACGUCUUCAGGUCAAAGCUGUAACAGGAAAACUUCUCUCUCGAAACAGAGUUCUUUUUUGAACCUGUGUAAAUCCUUUCUCAGAGUAACUGACCUGGAAAGUAGCUGCAAAAACUCACAGCAGACCUAUGUCUGUGUCACAAAGCAAAACCAGGCCAGGAGGCAACACGCUGCUUAACUCUUAGCACGUUUCCUAGGCUGCUCGUAGCUGUGCAGUCACAGGCAGAUAAGGAGGUGGCUCUGGGGGAGAGAGGAUGGAGAGAGGGAUCUCUGGACAGCGCUGUGGGCUGGCUUGUCUUCACUGAUGCUUUGCUAUGAACUUGCUCUCUUAGUGCAGUAGGAGCAAUGCUGGAGGCAGCUGUGAGCGUACAGGGUGUGUAUCACCAAGAUAUGAGAUAUAUUUGAUAUCUGCUCCCAGCUUGCAGCAUCAGGAUGAGCAGAUAGUGUUCAUGUGGCACUGCGCCCGUGAUAAGGGACGCUGCUCCGCUGUCUCCCAGCGGCUGGUACCUGCAGAGGUGUCUGAACUCGGAGCAGAAGGUCGGGUUGCUUUGGGAUGCUCCUGUCUCCCAGCCCCACCACUCAUCACCGGGGUCUGGGCAGCAGCGGGGCAGAUGGGCUGAGCCUGCGUUUCUUACUUGGUUGGCUCGAGGAGAGCUGUGCUGUGAAACACUCGUGUCGUGGGGCAGGAACCAGGGAGCGCCGCAGCCGCUGGGUUCAAGAGCUCCCCAGCAGAUUCCUGUUCCAGUUUUGCAGUUGCUGGAGAAAGAGUGAUUUCACUUUGUAGUAGGAAACUCUAGGGACGACUGCGGGAUGAGGGUCAAAAUGAGGUGUUCUGAGGAUACAGGGAGGAGGUGUGUGCUGAAGCAGCCUUGGUAAUGUGGCAGUGCUCUGCAUAUGCAGCGUGUGGCUGUGACCUGCUCCUUGGUGCCGUGUUCAGGUGUGCCUCGUUGGUGUGUGUUGAGUAAUCUCCAGAGCAUUUCUCGUCCUGACAGAGCCCUGUGAGCUAAGUGUGUGCUCAGCUGUGAGCUAAUUACAUGCUCCUGCCUGACUGCAGAAAACCCUGCAACUUAUGCCUUGAACAACACCUCACAUCUCCGAUAAAUGCUGUCUAGUAGAUUCAGCCUGUGGGCAAUCUGAUCCCUGAAAAAACCUGACAGAGAUCCCCCAUUAGUGCACGUGAAUGGGAUCCCCUUGGAAAUCCCAUUUACGCUCUGGUUCACAUCUCAGCUUGCUGCUGGAGCUCCUCAUGGUGUGGAAGGUCAGCUCUUCUGGCUGUGCUGCUGGGAGAUCCUGUCUUACUUCAUUUUCUACCUCAGAGCUCGCUCUGUUCUCUCCUUAGCCAGCGGACAGUGUCCUCCAUCCUUGGUUUCAGUGAUGGUUAUUGCAUGUCCUUGCAAACACAGGUGUCUCUGUUUCACCAGGAGUCAUCUCUGUGCUACUGGGUAAAGAGCUCUCAUCUCAGUGGGGUUAAAUCUCUUCCUCUCCCUUCGGUAUUGCAUCAGAUGGCGUGUCCUGCAUCUAAAUGCACCUAGCUCAGCACUCGCUGUGCAUUUGGAAGAUUGUGAAUGAUCUCUUAACCACAUCCACAUACAGAAUUUAGUGUCUAGUUUCUUAAAUUGUUUUCAUUUGGCAGGAUGAUAGAGUGGCUCGGCAAGUAUGCUGACUGAUAAGGACUCAAGUUCUUGUCGCUCAUGCAAGCGCUUAAGUAAUAAAAAAUGUUAACUGCUGUUUUGCCAUCCUGUGAAGGCUGAAUGCAGGCUUUACUACUUACCAGUGAGAUGCUGUGGCUCUGCAACGCGGCUUCAUGCUGUAACGUGUUUCAUUAUAAACAUUUGGUGACUGGGGGAGAGAGAAUGAAGCACAGGAGCUAAACUGAGGUUGGAGCUACCCCCGAGAAUGACAUGUCUGGAAAGCAGCGAAGGAAAGAUAUCGUGUUAUUGCAGCUGCUGCUUUCCAGCCUGAGUGCUGCUGCUGGCGAGCAGCUGACGGGAGGGAGGAGAUCAGGCUUUCGCUCGGAGGGGUUGGUGCGUCAGGUUUCCCUGCAGAGCACGUGCAGAUCACCGAGCUGCAAACACUGCUGACUGCUCCAGCCACCGGUAAAGAGAGAGCUGGGAGAAUGGGGCAGGUGUCUUGGAAGGGUUUGUUUCUAUCGCUUUUUGAUUAUAAAACGGAGAAAUACGUCAUUGCAAAGAACAAGAAGGUUGGGAUUCUCUAUCGAGUGGUGCAGCUCUCCAUCCUGGCUUACCUGGUGGGGUGGGUGUUUGUUGUCAAGAAAGGCUACCAGGACACGGACACGUCCCUCCAGAGCUCUGUCAUCACCAAGCUGAAAGGAGUGGCGUUCACCAACACCUCGGAGCUGGGGGAGAGGCUGUGGGACGUCGCAGACUACGUCAUCCCCCCGCAGGGUGAAAACGUCUUCUUUGUCAUGACAAAUUUGAUUGUGACCCCAAACCAGAGACAAACCACGUGUCCUGAGGUAGGAAGAACUGAGUCCUUUGGCUCCCAGACCCCUCCAAAACUGGGGAGUGCCAGCAUUCCAGAUGCCCGGUGUUCCGAGGAUGAAGACUGCCCUGCAGGGCAAGCAGUGGUGGCUGGUAAUGGGGUUAAGACUGGCCGUUGUUUGAAAGACAGGGACAGCAUCAGAGGUUCUUGUGAGGUAUUGGCCUGGUGCCCAGUGGAGAAAAGAUCCAAGCCUAAGAAACCACUUCUCGCCAGUGCAGAAAACUUCACUGUUUACAUCAAGAACUCGAUCCGGUUCCCCAAGUUUAAAUUCUCCAAGAUGAAUGUGCUGGCAACCAACGAGUCCUACCUAAAGACCUGCCGCUACAGCACGGAGCAUCCCUACUGCCCCAUCUUCCUUCUGGGGAACAUUGUCAGAUGGGCUGGGAACGACUUUCAGGAAAUGGCUUUGGAGGGUGGUGUGAUAGGAAUUCAGAUUGAAUGGAACUGUGAUCUUGAUAAAGCCCCUUCUGAAUGUAAUCCCCACUAUUCUUUUAGCCGUCUGGAUAACAAGUUUGCAGAAAGUUCCGUCUCUUCUGGGUACAACUUCAGGUUUGCCAAAUAUUACCGGGAUGCUGAAGGGAUUGAGUACCGGACACUCUUUAAAGCAUACGGAAUCCGUUUCGAUGUGAUGGUGAAUGGCAAGGCAGGGAAGUUUAACAUCAUUCCCACUGUUAUCAAUAUUGGUUCAGGGCUAGCUCUCAUGGGAGCGGGAGCUUUCUUUUGUGACCUGGUGCUGCUGUAUCUGAUUAAAAAGAGUAACUUUUAUCGAGGCAAGAAGUAUGAGGAAGUAAAGUCCAGUUCUAGGAAGUCAUUAACUAGCCCUACCCUGAAUGGGAAUCAGAGCCCAGACCAACUUGGUGGGCUCUAGACAUGGUGAUGUGCCUGUCCAUUGGAAUCACGUUCUAGGAAAACUACGCAGGUGUGAAAUGACACUGGGACUGGGACGUGGAGCUACCCCAGAUCAGAUCUACCAUCUAUUAUUGGGAUUUCCAGAGGAAAAAUGUCCUUUAAAGAACACCCUUUUUUCCCGGAGAUGUUCUCUGGUAUCUUGAGCUUGCAACACCUGUGUUCAUCACUAUGGAUUUAUAAAAGGAUUUUAUAAGAGGAAAAAGAAGGCACCAGAUGAAUGUUUUUAUAUAUACUGAUAGAUGUAUCUGUGCCACCGUUAUCCUGUGGCUGUGCUUUGCUUCCAAGUGUGAAAGAGCAGUGUUGCAAAACACCACUGACAUUUUCAGGAGGGUCAUGGCCAACGAUCAACUCUUCUCCUGCUCCGCUGGCUUGCAGCCACAGCUCCCAACUCUCGCUUUUAUUUGCAAGAUUAGAUAUAAAGCAGCAGGACUGCUUUUGUCAGGAAGUGCAAUGAAACGCAGCAUUGCAGAACUGCAGCAACUGUGUCCAGAAGAAAGUGGUUUAUCAUCCUACAGCGCCCAAUUACUCUCAUUGCUCUGUUUUUGUUGUAACCAUCAGAGCUAGGAGCGGUGCUCCUCCAGAGAAAGCCUUUACAACAGCUGCAACAAGGUGCUCUGCUCGUCUCUCCUGGGAACGUCCGCAGCACAGCCCGCCACAGCUCUGAGUGGAGAGUCAGUUUCAGCCACGGCUGGGUCCCAGCUACCUCAUCUGCUACACAGAUUCUCCAUUUAUAGUUAUAUCCAAAUAACCAUUAUUUCAGAGCACAGAAAAGGUAACAGCAUGCAGAGUAUUUUGAAGCAAGGCAGGGACAAGUGUUUUUGUGAUGGAUGGACAGGGAAAGUAUUUUAGCGUACUGAAAAGCAACAUGGCACUGAGAGUGUGUGCAUGGAGACAGUCCUCAUUUCUCCUUUCUUGGUUAGCGACUGGUUGCAUUUGCUAGGAAUUGUUCUUUCUGCAUUGCUUACCAAUUGCUCAUGGUGGGGAAAUACCUGGGGAGGCCACUUCGUGUUUCUGCUAUUUUUUGUUGUACCUUGGAAGUAUUAGUGGUGCUGUGGAGACUGAAAAGCGAAACUCAGUCAGGUCAAACUGACUGUGCUAGAUUCUUCCAAGUGUAACAACAGAAGGAAAAAGUAGAAGACAGAUGCCCACUAUUCCAACACUUCAGUAUCUUCCAAGAACCACAGGUGCUUUGUUGUUUCUCAAGAGAAAACUAAGUAAUUGCAACCCAUUUUGUGAAUUUAUGCUCAAGUAGGGAUGCAAUUAUUGUAAGAGGAGGAAAAUGCUUAUAAAAGAAUGUUAUUUUCUUUUAAAGUUUGGAUUUGCUCGAGCUGAUGGGAACUGACUCACCAAGAUAGUAGGUGAAUAUUCCUCUCUCUUUGAAACAUUAGUCCCUUCACUUAAAGCCUCUGCACCAUAGUUUAGUACAACCUUAACAAUGUUCUGUAAAUGCCACUGGAUCACCAUCAGUCAGCAACUGUCUCCAUUCCAUUUGCUGAAUAACAAGAUUUAAAGGCCUCCUGCUGCAGUGUCCUUGCUAGGACAGUUGUAGAGAGGAUGGCAUUGCAGGAAGCUGCUGUGAUCUGCUGUUAUACACAAAUGGAAUUGGUAAGACACCUCUAGCUCUGCUUUAAUUUCUCAAAAGCAGUUACUCUGAGGAAUGGUUUUUUUUUUUUCCUAACUGAAAACUCACCGUUGCUAGAAGUGGCAAGCUCCCAAUUCAGUCAUUAAUAGCAAACCCCACCCAGUCCAGUCUACUCCCUCUGAUCCUUCUUUCUGAGCAGAUGCAAGUAAAUAUCAACUAGUCAAACAUUUAGCUAGAAAAUGGAAUUAAACACUGGAGUGACAAUAAUUUAGGAUAAGCUAUGUACACCUGGUGCUGUAUUUACAUUGAAAUUCUCCUCUUUGACCCAGAACUCUUGAAAGAUGUGCAGCACUCUGCAUAUAACAGACAGAUGACACUAGCCAGGCCUACUGGAACUACCGUGCCGAUGGAAAAGCACAGACCUUUUUCUAUCAGGGCUUAAUUCUGUGUAAAUAGUUCCUAGAUGGUAAAACACGUAGUAAACCCCACAUGUGGCAUCAGGCCAAGGCGCAACUCACAGAGACCAAAUCACUCACCAUAACCUGUAAAGCAGACUGUGCUCAACUGAAGCCAAUGCUUCAACUUGACAGAGUAAUGUCCUUGUUAGGUGACCAAAGCUAUUUCCUGAAUUUAAGUCUUCAAGGGCUUCAGCACCUCCAAAACUCACUAGAACAUCUCCCUUAGUUAUACCAUUCAUUUGCAGUUAAUAAAACAUAAACAGCUUUCCUCUCAGGAGCUUGAUUUUUUUUUUUUCUUUUUUGUAUUUGAAGUACAGCAAUAAGAUUUGUCACUUUGGGGCAGUGCUCUGUUAAGACCGCUGUAAAACGUGUUAGUUAGGUUGCACAUGCUAGUUUCCUUUGUGAUACACACACAAAGCAACUCAGUUAAGAGUUUAGAACAUAUUUCAGAGUACACGUGUCUAGAGAUAGCAAUUAAUGCACAAAAAGCAGCAGAUGGCAUGAAAAAGAAUACUAGUGAGGGAGUUAAAACCUUGACUGUUUUUUCUUCCCCCAAAAAUAAACAUGACUUAGGCAAUGCUGAUAAUACCCUCCCCCCCUUUUUGUAUAACCCUGUGUUUCGCCAGAACUCAAUUUUUCUGUAAAAUAUUUUUGAAUACAGAAUCCAACGUUGUAAAAUCUUUGUAUAACAAACAGGUAAUAUUUUAUAGUGUUCUGGUGAAGCGAUGACCGACCCCAAGACCAGACAGACAGAUGGCACAAGGUGUGGUUGUAGAAUACAAGACGAAAUCCUGUCAUUGUA